CGCGCGCCCAUGCGCACGCGCGUUCAGACCCCUGGCCUCGGGGAGUCCGCCGGCUGCGGGGUUGGGGUCCAACCGUUUUGUGGGCGGAGUCCUCUCGCAGCAUCCGCCAGGUAGCUUCUUAGUCGCUGCCCCUAGCUCAAGGAGCGUCUGAGUGCACACACCGUACCCGUCCCUUGUCGGGAGUCCUGUCGCAGGUUUUUAAGCAACGGUCCUCAGGAGGGCCAAGGGAGUCUCAUGGCGACAUCUUCCCCCAGGCUCAUUCCUCUGUGGAAAGAUUUAAAACUCCUCCUAAAUGACACCAUAAAUGAAAGCAAGCAACCUUCAGAAGACCCAAAGAAUAGCCUAGUUGUGCUGAGUGACCGGUCCCAGAUACUGUUCAAAGAGUCUCGCUAUCCUCAAAAUAUGCCGUGUGUAUGUUAUUACUUCAGUGAUGCCCAUUUCUUCACCUCCCUCUCUUGGGUGACAUCGAGCACAAAAGAAAUACAGGCUGUAGUGUGGAUGAAGAGCAAAACUGAGGACAUGAUUGAGAAAAGAAUAUUCUCCAUGACUGAACGAUUGCCACCCAUCCAGUCCAUGGUCCACACAGGUUCCUUUCAUAUCCUCGUGGUCUACUGCGGUGACCUGAUCCUGCGACUCUUUGGGGACCACUUUCGGGCAUUCAAACCCCUGGGUAAAGUGCACUGCCGCUUCAACAUCAGCUGCCUCUGCUAUGACCCGGAAAUGAAGAUGCUUCUAUCUGGCAUCCUGGGAGCAGUGGUGACCUGGGUCAUUGAGCAAAGUGGCACGGGCCUCCAUAUAGCCCACAUGAUCUCCAUGCCAGGUGAUGAGCUGGUCCAGGACAUCGUGCUGAAUGGUCCCAAUGGCUCCCUCCUGGCCCUGUGUGAGACGGUGGUGAGGGUCCUGAUGCGCCAGGGCAAGGGUCAGCUGGGAGAGGUAAAGAGGUUCAUGUCCACCAGCAGCGGCUCCUCCAUCACCUGCUGCUUCACUUGUUUUGAUCAGGGCUUUCUCUAUGCUGGAAACCAAGCUGGGGAAAUCCAAGUUUGGAGCCUCCAGCAGGGCCAUCCGCUGCAUAGUUUCCAGGCCCAUCACUCAGGAGUGAUCUGUAUCCGCAGCCGACCAGAGGCCCACACCCUGCUAACAGCUGGCAGUGACAGCCUAAUCAAGGAGUGGAACCUGACUUCAGGGAGCCUGCUUCGGCGGCUAGAGCUUGGCGAGGAGCUGUACCGGCUCCAGUUUAUUGACAGCAUUACUUUCUUCUGCCAAACUGCCCAUAGUUUUUCCUUGCGCCGCCUGCCCUGCUUCUACAGCCUCUUCAAUGUCUGUGGCUCUGCUCCCCAGCAGUUGCGUCGGGUCUACUGUGGAAAUAACUGGUUCCGGAUCCUGUGUACCACCGAGGAUGGCUUGUUGCGCUUUGUGUCCCCAAUAACAGGGGACCUUCUGGUUAUCACCUGGCCCUUCUCAAUCGUGGACCGGGCUGUGGAUUGGGCCUACGACCCAGGUAAAGAGGAGCUCUUUGUAGCAACAGGCAGCUCAGAGGUUCUGGUAUUUGAUACAACACGCUGCCCUUGCCCAGCCAAGUAUCUUCUAGGCACCUCACCAAAUUCUCAGGACUUUGUACAAUGCCUGGCUUAUGGGCAUUUCAACUUGGGGCGGGGUCUAGAGGGACUGAUAUUCUCUGGGCACCAGAGUGGUGUGAUAAGAGUGCUCUCCCAGCACAGCUGUGCUCGAUUAGAAAAAUUCAUGCACUUUGGUGCUGUACUGGCACUCUCCACGCUGUCUGGAGGGAUUUUUGGUGGCGAAGGAAACUCUCUGCUCUGUUCCUAUGGAAUGGAUGACUAUGUGCACCUGUCAGAAGCUGUGCUUGAUGGGGUCAAAGUACAACUGCAGCCUCUUGCCAGCAUCCUCAGCAGCUGUCACCUAACACAUCUGAUACUCUUGCCCAAGUCUGUGGGUGCCAUCACAGAGACAAACUGCCUGCGUCUCUGGAAGUUCCAUGAUUUUAUGUCCUCUGGGUCACAGAAUGGCUUGAAAUUCAUAGAAACACUGCCUCUGCACCUGUGUGCCAUCACAUCCUUUGACGUCUGCCUCUCCUUGAGUCUUUUCGUCACAGGUUCUGCCGAUGGCUCUGUUCGGAUCUGGGACUUCCAUGGCAGACUCAUAGCCAUUCUGGACUCAUCACUGCACUUUGGCCCACUCUGUUUUGCAAAUGACCGGGGUGACCUGCUUGUGACUUUUAACCAGAGUCUUUACCUAGUGUCCUGUUUAAAAUUGCUUCCCCCAGCCCUGCUGACUCGCCUUUCCUUUAUGAGCAUAUCAGAUGAAGUACUGGAAAUCCCUAAGCCUUUCAUACCAAGCUUCUUCUUCUCCUUUGAGACCAUGUUUGUGCCCAAGUACAUCUACCUUGGAAAAGCACAACAGAAAUUAGUGGGUCUGGAGAACCUUGUCAACAAGCGGGCCAUUGCCUUUGACCAUUCUGUGCCACAUGUGAUAGAAGAAGAUGAGGAAGGGAGCCCAGUGUUACUGCGUUCCUCCAUGCAUUAUUCUUUGCAGGACAUGGAAAAUUGGACGCAGAUGAGUAAACGUUACCAACGCCAUUAUGUGCUUCCUCCCCAACUACAACUGACUAGCUGGGAUGGACUCAACCCCUAUCAGAUAUUGCGAUACUACUUUGGUCAUGGGCGGGAAUGGCUUUUUGCCCCUGAUUGCUAUAUCCCCAAUUCAGUGAUUCGUGCUCGUCUUUGGCCAGAGGGCACCCCAAUAUACCUACAGUGCAACCUGCAUGCACCCCAGCGGGAGCUGGAAUGGGACAGGUCUCAAGAAUUCUUUUUCUGGCAGAGCAAGGUAAGAACUGUAAGUAAUAUAGAAUAUCCAGAGAAGGAGGAUGAACAAUUCCUAGAAAUGAGACUUUCCAAGGAUAAAACCUACAGCGUCCUUACAGAUGGAGCAAACCGAAGUUGGCUGGGAAGAAAGAUGAGUGAAAUAGCCAUUAAUAGCAUGAUUGAGACAAUGCUGAAUAUUAUGGUCCAUGCUUCCUUGCUGAAGUACCAGUACUGUGUUGGUGCACUAGGGCAAAUCUUUGCCUCUUACCAGGUGUCUCCAGCCCUACGCUCUGAGACAGCCCGUCGGCUACUGGAUGAUACAACCAAUUCCAACCCGCUGAUCCGAGAACUAGCUUGGGAAGGGCUGAAGCGUCUAGGAAUGAUUACUCAUCUUUUUGCCAUGCCUCUGGCUCAGGGAUUAAUGGACAAGGAUGAAAGAGUGAGGGUCAAGACUCUAAGCCUCAUGGCUGAGAUUGGAAUCCACUCUAGGACCUCACUCUUACAGCUGAUCCAGAAACAAGAGACUUUUCGGGAGAUGCAGCAGGAGAUGAUCGGGAAGGAAACUCUAGACCAUCUGCUGGGGAUGCGGGCCACAGAUCUCCAAAUCCUUUCCACUCAAGUGGAGCAGAGAUUGAAUGAAGACCUGACUCUGUCACAUAGAGAUGAAAAGCCGGCUUUUUCUUUAGAUGUCCCAAAGGCUUCUGAACUUAAAUCCUUCUCCGUGAAACCUCCUACAGUUUCUGAAGAACCUGAAGUGGCCGUCAAGCACAGCAAAGGCCACAGACGAGGCCGAGCAGUGGUCAAAAAGCAUAGCCGAAAAUGGUUGCGGGGUCUCAAGAAGACGAAAGAGAGAGACUCUAAACAUAUGAUCACUGAGCCAGGCCUCUUAGAGGAUGAAAGUGGGACUGAGGCCGCACCAGUUGAGAUGGAGGAAGCAUCCGUCCAUUCCAAAUGGUCUUCAAGCACCAGUGUAACAAAGCUCUCAAAAGAUGUUGACUCUCAAGAGAAAGAUAUCUCAAAGGAUCACGUUGCAUUGACCCUGAAGAUGCUGCGGAAAAUACGUGACAAAAGAGACAAGAAAGCAAGAGCUCAGAAACUCAAAAAGAAGCACAAGAAGAAGGGAAAAGAAGCCAAAGUUAUAACUGAGAAACCUACACCUCCUGUAAUGGGACAGCCAGUUACUAAAAAGGUUAAAAUUCUAGGGCGCGGAGCCUCAGGAAUAUCUGGCCGCAGGUCAACCUCUGGAGAUGGCUUAUCAUGGCGGGACGAUCUGUGUCGUCUUAUGACCCUGAGGAUAUCUGGUUCCCAAACAAAAAUGUCAGAAAAUCUAAACACUGAGCUAGUGACAUUUGCUCAGGAGAUGCUGGUAGAUAGGCACCCCAGUUGGGAACUCUUUCAGGAGAUCUGCCCCCUGUUGAAGAAAGAAAGUAAGGUUCUGCUUGAGGACCUUGAUUGGGAUGUAGUCCCGCCAGAGGAGAAACCAAUUUUUAUCCAUGAAGGAGCAAUUAGAGAGGACAUGAUACAAGGUGUGACAGAAGAGGUGAUCAGACACGAAGUGAUGCCAAGGGAAGAAGAACAAGCACAAAAGAAAGCAAAAGACAUGCUGGCCUUGGAGGAAACCCAAGUGAUUUUGAAAAAGGGCAAGAAAAAGAAAGUUAUUUUUUUAGAACCAGGUGAUGUAACCAAGGGAAAACAAAUAUCAAAGAAAGAAAAGAAGAAAACCUUUCAGAAGUCACCUAAGCAAGAGAGGAAAGCUGUCCAGCAGGAAAGAAAAGUAGGAAAAACAAAGAGGGAAAUGCCCAAAGAAGAGAGGGAUAUGAGUGAGGAAGUGAAGGAAAUGGCCACACUAGAGGAGAAAGUGGUUGAAGAAGAAGGAAAACCGGUUAUGAUUGAGAGGACAUCGUCUUGGCAGGACUGGAAAAAGUCCUGGGAUGAGUGGAAACAGGCCCAUGGUGAGACAAGGAGAUCCUGGAAGGCAUGGAAGGAAGACUGGGAGAAGAGGCUUCUUCAGGAAGAGGAGAAACUACACCAGGCUGGAGAGAAGCUAUCCCCGGAGGAGGAAAUGGUUCAGGAGGACAAGAAGCUGAAAUGGGAAGAGUGGAAACAAUUCUGGGAAAAUAUGUUGCAAUCUGAAUCCAAGGAGCAACUGUACAAGGAUGAGGAAGAAGUGACUUUGGAGGAAGAAAUGUCUCGGAAGGAGGAAGAAAAAGAAGAGCAGGUCACAGAAGAGCAGAGACAGAUCCGAGAAGAACACAAACGGGCCAGAAUACACAGGAAACGAGCCCGAGCUGAAAAAAAACGAGCCCAAGAAGAGAGGAAAUUAGCACAAGAAGAAGAGAAACUUGCACAAGAAGAGAGACAGUUGGCCCAGGAAGAGAGAAAACUGGCCCAGGCGUAUGUUAAAAUAACCCAGGAUGACAGGGAAAUGGCCCAGGCAGAGGGUAAGUUUGCCCAGAAAGAGGCAACACUGGCCCAAAGAGGGGAGAAGCUAAGCCAGGAGGUGGAGAAAUUGGCCCAGAAAAGGAAGAAACUGUCCAAGAAAUGGGAGAAAGUGGCUAGAGAAGAAGAGAAACUAGCAAAGAAAGAAGGGAAACUGGCCGAGGUAAAAAACAUAUUGGUCCAGAAAGUGGAAGAACUGGCCCAGAGGGAACAAAAUCUGGACUGGCAAGAAAAGGAGCUGGCCCAGGAAUUGGAGGAACUGGAAUGGGACAUGGAAGAACUGUCUUGGAAAGAAGAGGAACUGAAUCAGGAAGAGGAGAAACUGAUUGAGGAAAAGAAGAAGCUGGCUGAGGAAGAGAAGACAUUGAUCUGGCAAAGGGAGAAACUGUCUGAAGAAGAGACAAAAUUGACCCAGGAAGAAGAGUUGCUGAUCCAGGAAGAGGAGAAACUGGCCCAGCACAAGGAAAAAAUGCCUGAGGAAGAGGAAAGACUGGGACAGAAAAGGGAGCAAUUGAUUAAGAAGAAGAUAAAACUGGCCCAGAAAAGGGAAAGAUGGAUCAACAGCAUGGAAGAACUCACAGAGAACAAGAUGAUACUGUACCAGAAGAAGAAUCUGGCUCAGGAAAAGAAGAAUCUGGCCCAGGAGAAGGAAAAAUUGGCUCAGAGGAAAGAGAACCUACUCUAUAACAAAGAAAGACUCACCCACAGCAGAAAGAAAUUAGUGCAAGUAAAGAACAAAUUGGGAAUGUUCAAGAAGACACUGGCUCAGGUAGAGGAGAAGCUGACACAGGAAGAGGAGACCGUGAUCAAGAAGAAGGAGAAACUGACUGAAACAGAGAAAAAAUUGGUCCAAGUAGAGGAUAGUCUGGCCGAGAAACAGGAGAAAUUGGUCCAGGAAAAAAUGAAAUUAGCUCUAGAGAAGGCAAUGGUCCAAGGAAAGAAACGGCUCAGAGGAGAGUUGGAUAUUGUUAAGGAAAAAAAGGCAUUGAACCUGGAAAUGAAAAGACUGGCUGAGGAGAAGAUAAGACUGGUUGAGGGAAAGGAAACACUGUCUAAGGGAGAGACUCCAGAAACUUCAAGACAAAGAAAAAUGACUAAAGUUGAACAAGAACUACUUGAGAGGAAAUUGUCACUACAGGAGAAGAUACUGCUACAUGAAGACAGGAUACUGGCCAUGGAGGAAAGGGAAAUUGCCAAAGGAAAACUGGAAUUUACUAGAGGACGGAGAAUAUUUGUCCAGGGGCAAAGAAAGUUAGCCAAGGCUGAAAGGAAUUUGAUUAAAAAAAAGGAGAGCCUUUCCAAGGAACCAACAAAACUAAACAAAAUCUUAAAGGCACUUCAAAGACUAACCAGGGAUGAAAGGAAACUAACACAGGAAGAAAUAAAAAUGACAAAGAUAAAGAGGUCACUCUUUGUUAAGGAGAGAAGACUGAGUACAGAACAGAGUAAGCUGGAUAUCAAAGAGUGGGAUUUUUCUGAAAAACGAUCAGAACUGACUAAAGAUGAGAAGAAACUGGCUCGGAAGCAGAGAAAACUGGCCAAGGAAAUGAGGAGAAUGAUAAACAGAGAAGAAAAAAUGACUGAGGAAGAGAGCAAAUUGGCCAGAAAGCAUUCAGAAGUCAUACUGGAUGAUGAAGAGGAAGGAGGAAAAGAAGAAGAAGAAGAGGUAAUCCCAUUCCUUAAACGAAGGUGGAGAAAGAGGAAAGAGGCCAAGAGAGUUGAUAAACCAAAGGAAAAGUUUUCCAGUCAAGUGGAUGAAGUGGAAAGUGAAGAGCAUUUUUCUGAAGAAAUGGAAAGCCUGUUAGAUGAACUAGAGAAGCAAGAGAGUUUGUCUUCUGAGGAGGAGGAGGAAAGGGAGGAAGAGGAGGAAAGGGAGAGAGAAGAGGAGGAGGAAAGUGAGGAGGAGGAGGAAAAGGAGAAGGAGGAGGAAGAGGAGGAGGAGGAAGGGGAGGAGAAGCAAGUGGAGAAAGAGGAGGAGGAGGAGAAGAAAAAGAAGGAAAAGAAGAAGGAGGAGGUUCAGGAGAAAGAAGAAGUGUUUGAGGAGAAAGAAGAAAUUACGAGUGAGGAAGAGAUAGAAAGUUUGAGUGAUGAGGAAGAGGAAGAGGAGAGCAGCUCAUUGGAAAAAGAAAUGGACAGGGAAAAAGAUACCUUAAAAAAAGAAAAACUAUUUAAGUUACAAGAACAAAGAAGAAAGAUCCUAAAAGAAAAGGAAAGAGUCCUUUCCAUUGGAAAAGGAGUUCCUCAUGUCAAAGAUGGGGCUGUAAGACUGGGAGUUCUAAAAAGCCCUUUGAAGAAACUGAUGUCAAGAGCUCUGGAGAUGAAAGAGAAAAUACCAGUGCCAGUGCCAGAGAAACAAAUAUCCUGGGAAGAUAAAAAGGCCACAGUAGUUGAAAUACCCAGGAAAUUCUCAGAGACAAUGGAUAAAGAAAGAGAAGUGAUGGGAAAAUAUGAACCCAUACCUCCACAUGUUUUGGGUACAGUUUUAGAGUCCGAAGCACAGGACUUAAAGACCCCAUUUAUGUCCCACAUAUUAAGGAGGACCGUGGAAGGUCAGGAACUCCAACACAAGCCACUAGGUGCCUGGUGGAAGUGGUUUCUGCAGCAUCCACCUCUGAUGGGACAGACUGAGGUACAGUUACCUCUCUCCCAAAUCCCGGCUAAGAAACAACAUGCAGAUGAAAUCCUCUCAGAUGUAGAGUGGAUCCGCCAUGUCCUAGAACGAAUGGAAGCAGGAGAACAGCUUUCCAGGGAUGGUUUCCACAGACUAUGCCAGCUGCUCAAAGACCUCGUCUCAAAGGGAAACUUAGAAUGGCUGAAUCUGGCCAAACUUGAAGCCAUCGUGUACCGUCACAGGCAGGCCCUGGAGUCACGAGGCACAAGGAUCUCAAAACCCACUAGAGAGUCCAUGAGUCCAAAAUACCGGAAAGUGAUUCCUCCUAUAAAAGCAAAGGAAAAGGAGAGCUGGCCAAAACCUUUGGCUGUCCCCACACAAAAGUACCCAUUAGCUACCGAGAGGAUUCCAGACCCAAGGGCUAAAAACUGGCAUCUUCUAGGAGAGCCUUACAGAAGUGAGAGGGCACAGCAGAUAUCCAUUGCUCACAAGGAGAUGGAAAUGCAAUACUUUUAUCCUGCCACAAGAGACAUUUUUCCAAGUGCCCAUGCCUCUGUGGAAAAACAAACCCUGGCACUGAUGUUUCAAAAGGACUUCUGGGAUUUUAAGGAUAAACGCAGGUUUCCCAGGUUGCCCAAAUUAGAGAAGAAGAAACAGCCCAUUUCUAAAAAGAAGGAAGAGUUGCCUUUGUGGGAGACGUUUGUGGCACUGUACUAUGUUUUGCGGAUGCUGCAGCAGCGAUAUGCAAAAGACAGCACUGCUUGGAUGGAACAGUUCUACCAGCUCAUGGACCUGUACCAACUUAAGUCCCCCAGAAUCCAGAAGCUGCUUCAGGAGCUGCUAAUGAGAGAGGAACCUCAACCCCAAGAGAUCAUCUAUGAAGAGGCCCUAAAAGCCACAGAGCUAGUUCCCGGGGAACGGCUGUUCUGCUGCCUGUUUUGUGGCAGUUCUCAUACUCAUAGAAGUCCUCAGGAGUUUCAGGGUGUGGUACCCCUCCCUUGGCAGAACUGUGUGCACACCAUCCUUCCUGUGGGCAUUGCCCGGUAUGGGAUCUUAGAACUUGCCUGGAAAAGCCUGCCGGAAGCUGAUCUUCAUCUCACCAAGGCAUUGACACACACUGUUGCUCCCACUCUCUAAUUUGGGACUGACUGGAGGUUGGGACUUUUCAUUGCCAAGUGGAGAAAGGCCUGCUCACCAGGAUCUAGACCUUCAUCUCUCUCUCUUUUUUUUUUUUUUUUUUGAGAUGGGGUUUCACUCUUGUUGCCCAGGCUGGAGUGCAAUGACGUGAUCUCAGCUCACUGCAACCUCCGCCUCCCGGGUUCAAGCAAAUCUCCUGCCUCAGCCUCCCGAGUAGCUGGGAUUAUAGGCAUGAGUCACCGCGCCCAGACCUAGACCUUCAUCUCUAGGCCCACACAGAGGUAGGGCCAGGUUGAAGCCCUUUCCCAGCUCUGGAAACACAGCUUCUAUAUGUGGAAUAAAGAGGAGGUUCUU